CAUUGUUCUAUCUGUGGCUGGAUCCCUUCUAGCCAGGACCCGGUUGGGUUCGGCGCCUGCCGUAUUUCGCUCGAAACUGUCGAAUGUAUGUCGCAAGCUGACGUCACUUUUAUUGGAUUUUUGUUUAUCAAACAUCAAGAAAAUAAUAGAUUAUAGAGAAGAACACAGUGAGCGCGACCCAACUAGGAUGUUUAAAAAAUUUGAUGAGAAGGAAAAUGUUUCCAACUGUAUUCAACUGAAGACCUCGGUAAUCAAAGGCAUCAAAAACCAGCUGUUGGACCAGUUUUCAGACAUUGAGUCAUGGCUCAACCAUAUCAUGCCAAAAAAGGACCCUGUCAAAAUAGUGAGAUGCCAUGAACACAUUGAAAUCUUGACAGUGAAUGGAGAAUUGCUCUUCUUCAGACAAAGAGAAGGACCGUUCUACCCAACUCUCCGACUGCUGCAUAAGUACCCCUUUAUUCUUCCACACCAACAAGUAGACAAAGGGGCCAUCAAGUUUGUCUUAAGUGGAGCCAAUAUCAUGUGCCCUGGAUUGACGUCCCCAGGCGCCAAACUCUAUCCUUCUGCCUCAGAAACAGUAGUUGCCAUAAUGGCGGAGGGCAAGCAACAGGCGCUUUGUGGAGUCAUGAAGAUGUCUGCAGAAAAUAUAGAGAAAGUCAACAAGGGAGUAGGAGUUGAAAAUGUUCAUUAUCUUAAUGACGGACUGUGGCACAUGAAGACGUAUAAGUGAGAUGUCGUUACCC